GGCGACUGCUGUGGGGAAGAGAAAGGAGCGAGAGGAGGGGGCGAGGCCGGGUGGGCAGAAGCGGAUGAGACAAAACACCAUCACGGAGUUGUAUUCUUUGCAAUGGCAGAUAGAGUUCAAGAAGAAGUUUCUGAGGUUUGUCUACAGUCAACGUUUGCCAUUCAACGUCUUCCGGAGCGAGUCAUGGCAAGACUUGGUCAAACACUUCAGGGACUUGUCGAGGCCAGUAAAGGUUUUGUGGCCGUCGCACAAAGAGAUCCCCGACAUGGAGAUGGUUGCCCGCACUGCGGAUGAUGUAGCGGGUGAUCUCGUAGAGGUCAGGUCUCCUUUUUAUGUGAUGGGGGCCACCAUCAUGUCGGAUGGCAGGAAGUCGCGGGAUGCCAGACCAAUCGUUAACUUCCUUGCCGGCGGGUCGUGCGGAGUGAUGAUGGUGUUCGAUGACUUCCCUCCUCGGUGGAUGAACGCCAUUCGCACGGACUCUGCCUCUGCGUACGUCGCCGCGACAAAUAUGCUCCAGGGGCCCCAUCAGAGGUCAGAGAUUCAACAAAUCACGUGGCUGCUAUGCGUAGUGCAUGUCUGCAAUAAAAUGUUGUUUGACAUUGGCUUGUCAAGCCCGUGGUCAAAGGACAUCAUUGUGCGUGGGAGAGCGUUGGUGCGCUUCAUCAAGGAGCACAGCGCCGCUCUGCAUAUCUUCAGGGGGGAGAGCACGCACAUGGGACCUUUUCAUCCCUGCGAAACACGAUUCGCAUUCGUGUUCACUAUAAUGGAGUGUCUGCUGGCAGUGAGGUCAGUAGUGGAGAGGACGGUGGACGACGACGAUUGGGGUUUGGUCCCUUGGGACAGUUCCGUAGCUCAGCUGGCUCGGUGGGUUAGGUGGCGGGUGCGGCAUGGUUCUUGGUGGGAUUCCAUGGGAGUCCUUGUCCGCAUUAUGGAGCCCGUGCAUGACAUGCUUCGCAAGUUGGGCCGGGGAGGGCUGCACAUGUCGCUGGUUGUGCAGUGGACGYCGGACGUGACCCGUGAUGUAGCAUGCGAGGUCCGCGCACUUCCACCACGUGUUGCGCACUUCAUUAUGCAGAAAGUGCAGGCUCGGUGCGCUCACAUGUUGGAGCCGGUGCACGCCGCUGCUCACCUUCUGUGUCCCAGUCGCCGAGACUUGAGGUACUACGAGGGCGUCGUCGGCGAUUACGAUGUGAGACUUGUGCGGGAGGCUGAGACGUACAUCCUCACACAGACUCGGUUUAGUGAAGCGAGCCCCGAUUGGAUGUGGAGGGAUGGAGACACGGAGACACAGAGGUGUACCGGCGAUGUGGAGAAGUACAAGGCCGGUUGUUGGUGGUCGAAUUGGGGACAGUGCGCCCCGCAGCUGCAGGUCAUCGCUCUUCGUGUCAUGUACAUGUGGACAUGUUCCUCUCCCGCAGAGAGGAACUGGGCCGUCCACGAGGCUGUGCGCACGAAGAAGCACAACAAGCUUGAGUUCGAGAAGGUUGCGAAGUUGGUCGAGAUCUCGGCCAACGUCCGCCUUCUCUCUCACCAGUGGGCUGGCUGCGGUUUUGCGUUGCCAUGGACGAUCGAUGAGUCGAUGUUGGAUGUGGAGGGAGGCAUAGGGACGCAGCCGUCCUGGCAGGGGACGGACGCCGGCAGGACACAGGAGGACCGGGAGAGGCAGAGACGUGCGUGGACGCGAGACCCAUGUGGGUCGAGAGCUCCUCGGGGAGAGGUUGGAGAGGUUUUUGGGACUCGAGUUGCCACGUUGCGCCCCUACCCCAGUGAUGACGACAGUGAUGACGAGGGCCCUGAGGGGGACGACAAGGGGGCAGGACCUGCUGACCAUCCGGCCUCAUAAGAGGCUGAUGAGUGGAGCGACCUGGAGUACGUCUGUAGACGUAG